AUGCGGUGGUUACGGUUAGGCCUGAAGGUUUUGAUUGUUAUUUUGACUCUGUCGAGCUUGACCAGAUGCCAAAGCAGACGGAGAAAAGGACAGAGGGAGGACAACCAGAUCAUCAUCAAUGAGGCCAAAACCCUGAUCUGCCCAGUGGAGAUUAUGUUCAUUGUGGACAGUUCGGAGAAAGCCAAAGCUCUGCUGUUUGAGCGACAGAAGGAGUUCAUCCUACGUUUCAGCACCAGGCUCAUGCAGCUCCAAUCUGCUGGCUGGCGGCUGCGCCUGCGCCUGGCCGCUCUGCAGUACAGCAGCACGGUCUCAGUGGAGCACAACUUCAGAGACUGGCAGGAUCUGGACGUGUUCCAGAGCCGGGUGGCCACCAUGACCUUCAUCGGACACGGUACCUACUCUGCCUACGCCAUCACCAACGCCACCCUGGUGUUCAGCCGCGAGACUUCUUCCAGCAGCCUGAGGGUGGCGCUGCUGAUGACGGAUGGAACGGACCACCCUCGCAGCCCCAGCGCUGUGACAGCUGCUGCUGAGGCCAAGCAAUACAACAUCAGGAUGUUCACCAUCAGGCUGUCGGGCCUGACCAAGGAUGGAACCAUGGGUGCAAAGCUGCGCUCCAUUGCCAGCGCCCCCCCACAGCAGCACGUAUUCAGCCUCGCUGACAGCCAGAUGGAAGACAGACUCUUCAAUGAACUGAGCACAGUUGUGAAAACUGGGUGCCCGCACCCAAAGACCUGCCUGUGUGAAAGGGGGGAAAGAGGUCACCCUGGAUCUCCUGGGAAACCAGGGGACCUGGGGUCUGAUGGAGCGCCCGGCCCAAAGGGAUCUCGUGGGGAACCUGGUAUUAACGGACGUCCAGGAAUUGAGGGCCUUGAGGGUCAACCUGGGAGCAAAGGGGAAAAGGGAGAACAGGGUGAAUGCGGUGCCCCCGGUAAAAAGGGACAACAAGGUGCAGAUGGACCUCCUGGCCCCAGAGGCCCCAGAGGAGAACAGGGAGCCAUAGGAGGACCUGGAGACCAGGGUCAAGAGGGGCCAUCUGGCUCUAAAGGUGAGCGAGGACCAAGGGGUGCACCUGGACCUCCAGGAGAUAAUGGUGUUGGGUUCCCUGGUGCCAAGGGUGACAAGGGGAACCACGGGAGACCAGGUCCACCUGGACCUAUGGGUAUGGGUGAACCAGGGACAAUGGGACCAGCAGGGCCACCAGGGAUGCAAGGAUCUCCAGGGUUUCCAGGUGAGGGUCUCCCAGGACCCAAGGGUGACAGGGGGUAUGAAGGUCCUAAGGGCAGCCGUGGAUCUCCAGGAUUGGGGUACAAAGGUGAUAAGGGAAACACAGGAGCCCCCGGGCUACCAGGUUUGGUGGGGUUUCCAGGGGCGGGUAUCCAAGGAGAAAAGGGGGACCAAGGGCCUGCUGGGCCUUCUGGUCCCAGGGGACCUCCUGGAUUGGGUAUAGUUGGACCAAAGGGUGACCAGGGUUUCCCUGGUGAACCUGGACCUCAGGGAGAGAGAGGUGUUGGUGAGCCAGGACCAAAGGGGGAGCCAGGACCCGAUGGGGCUGCUGGGAUACCUGGUAUUCCUGGUGAGGAUGGAGCUGCUGGGCCUAAGGGAGAGAUGGGGUUGCCAGGUCUGCAUGGCCAAGAGGGAGCACUGGGUAAAGGUAUCCCUGGAGAAAAGGGAGAUAGAGGUGACCGUGGGCCAAGGGGACUGUCAGGCUCUCCAGGCCCCGUCGGCCCUGCUGGAGCUAAGGGAGAACCUGGCAGCCUAGGAUUGGUGGGCUUACCCGGACCUGCUGGACGUGGCUUACCAGGACCAAAGGGAGAUCCUGGGCCUAUAGGAGCAGCUGGACCAGUGGGAGAACCUGGAAUAGGAAUCAUUGGACCAAAGGGUACCAAAGGAAAUACUGGGCCUGUUGGGCCACCGGGGAUGAAGGGAGAUGGCCUCCCAGGACCACAGGGACUGCCUGGCUUAGCAGGAGUGCAAGGAGAGACAGGACCUGAAGGGAAAGGACUACCUGGACCUAAGGGUGACAGAGGCUUACCAGGGGUCCCGGGCCCAUCGGGUCCUCCUGGAAUCGGACUUUAUGGACCAAAGGGCUCUACAGGGCAGCCUGGUCCACCAGGCCUCCCAGGACCUCCAGGAGAGGGCAUCCAGGGACCUAAGGGAGAGCCUGGGUUUCAGGGUCCAGUUGGCCCUCGGGGAGCACCAGGGGAUGGGCUUCCAGGAGAGAAGGGUAACAGAGGCAUUCCUGGAGACCGGGGAAAAAAAGGAGACAAGGGAGACUAUGGAGAACCUGGAUCUACUGGACCAAUGGGAAGACCUGGAGAAAAGGGUGAACCAGGACUGACAAGAGAAGAGGUCAUCAGAAUCAUAAGGGAAAUCUGUGGCUGUGGUCUGAAGUGCAGAGAGAGCCCUCUGGAGCUGGUGUUUGUGAUCGACAGCUCUGAAAGCGUGGGACCAGAAAACUUUGAGCUGGUGAAGGACUUUGUGAACGCUCUCAUUGACCGGGUCUCUGUGAGCCGAGAGGCUAGCCAGAUCGGCGUGGUCCUCUACAGCCACGUGGACAUGGUGGUGGUCAGUCUGCAGCAGCAAUACAGCCAGGAAGAUGUCAAGGCCGCUGUCAGGAAGAUGCCCUAUCUAGGUGAGGGCACCUUCACUGGCAGCGCCAUCCACAGAGCAAACCAGCUGUUCCAGGCCUCACGCCCUGGUGUGAGGAAAGUGGCGGUGGUGUUGACCGAUGGACAGGCCGACCCACGUGAUGUCAUGCAGUUUGAAGAAACAGCCACAGAGGCCCAUGCAGAGGGGAUCGAGAUGUUUGUUAUCGGAGUGGUGAACAGGACCGACCCUCUGUCCGAAGAGUUCCAGGCUGAGAUGAACGCUAUCGCCUCUGAUCCUGAUGAAGAGCACGUCUACCUUAUAGAUGACUUCAGGACACUCCCCACCCUGGAAAGCCAAAUCCUGAGUCGGAUAUGUGAACAGGAUGACACGAUGGCCUUUCAACCACAUUCAGUCUUUCCAUCUGUGGAAAUCCACCCAGAGGUUCCAGAGGACAAAGAGUUCCCAGAGGAAGAGAACAUACAACAUGAACUCACAGUACAGACAGUGGAGGUACCAACUGUACAGCCCCUGGAGUCAGGGUGGCCUGAGGAGAACCUGGUUGAUACUAAACUGUUGGUGGAGCCCUGGAACAGUCUCCCAGACGCCACAUUUACCUCUCCCAGUGGCAGAGGGAAGCAGGGCCAUAGGGUGACCUCCCUAGUGGGCCCUCAGACUCCAACUGACUGGUUGCACGAGGCAAAGAGCACCCAGGCUCCUGUCAGCCCUCCUCCUCCACCCCUGACAGACUCGUCAGUGCCAGAUGAAGGCUGCAGCCAGCCUCUGGACCCAGGUCCCUGUCGGCAGUAUGUGGUCAAGUGGUACUAUGACCCCGAGGCCAACGCCUGUGCCCAGUUCUGGUACGGAGGCUGUCAGGGCAAUGCAAACAACUUUGAGACUGAAGUCAACUGCAGGAAUUCCUGUGUCUACACGUAA